AUAAUCAUGUAAAACCAUAUCAUGAUAAUUAAAUAUAUAAAAGGGUCCAUCCUAGCCAGCCUUGGAGCGUUUUAUUCUAUGUAAAGGAAGAUCCUAGUCCACCAACAAGUUGAACCUCCAUCAACCAUGGCAUCUCAAGCCAAGGGCAACAACAAGCUCACCGUUUCCACAUCACCAAAGAGCGACGGCGUGGCGGGGUCAUUGGCCAAAGGGCAGUGCUUGUGCUCCCCAACCACACAUGAAGGCUCCUUCCGCUGUCGUUUGCAUCGUGGCCCUACCUCCUCCCCAACUAAUUGGAUGAAACGCUCCAAGUCCAUGCCUGCUAAUAAGCAUCUUGUUUCUGAUUCCACAUGCUGAUCGAUGCUCAUCAUCAUAACACAAAUCCUAUAUAUAUAUAUAUAUAUA